AGAAUAUGCCGUUGCUAUGUUCUUCGCAGACAUUCUCAGAUGCCAAGUGGGUCUGAGUGAGAUGCCCCUGUUAAGUUUUCUUUUCCUAAUUCCUUAUAUUGCACGCACUUCACAUGUGAUCUUUUUCCAUUCCGCCUUCUCUUGCGAUCCCAGGAUUCUGCUGGUGCUGUUCUCUAUAAUUUUCUUGAACUCCUAAAGUGAACUUCAUUGCAUGAAAUUUGAUACAUUAUAUUAGAUUUUUGUCCUGUUUGAUUCAAAUGGGCUCUAAUAAGCAGUCUGCUCGCAUUCUUGAUACACUCAAAAUGGAGACAGUUAGAACUAUUCUAACCCACACUUAUCCUUACCCUCACGAGCAUUCACGCCAUGCUGUAAUUGCUGUUGUUGUGGGUUGUCUCUUUUUCAUCUCAUCUGACAAUAUACAGACUCUUGUAGAAAAAUUAGACAACAAUAUUAAAUGGUGGUCUAUGUAUGCCUGCUUGUUUGGGUUCUUUUAUUUCUUUUCCUCACCAUUUAUAGGCAAGACAUUCAAGCCGAGCUAUUCAAAUUUCAGUCGAUGGUACAUAGCCUGGAUUUUAGUGGCAGCUGUGUAUCAUCUUCCUAGCUUUCAGUCAAUGGGGGUGGAUAUGAGGAUGAGUCUAUCAUUGUUUUUGACGAUAUAUGUCUCUUCGAUCUUAUUUCUUCUUGUCUUUCACAUUAUAUUUCUUGGCCUCUGGUAUAUUGGCUUUGUUUCACGUGUGGCUGGAAAGAGACCGGAGAUCUUGACCAUUCUACAAAACUGUGCAGUACUUAGCGUGGCAUGCUGUGUAUUUUAUAGUCAUUGUGGCAAUCGAGCCAUGUUAAGAGAGAGACCACUUGACCGAAAAAAUUCUAACUGGUUUUCUUUCUGGAAGAAAGAGGAUAGAAACACAUGGCUCGCUAAGUUUCUUCGCAUGAAUGAGUUGAAAGACCAGGUUUGCUCAUCUUGGUUUGCUCCAGUUGGAUCUGCAAGUGAUUAUCCUCUCUUGUCAAAGUGGGUUAUUUAUGGCGAGAUAGCUUGCAAUGGAUCAUGUCCUGGUUCAUCAGAUGAGAUUUCUCCCAUCUACUCACUUUGGGCUACAUUUAUUGGGCUUUACAUUGCGAAUUAUGUGGUGGAGAGGUCGACAGGGUGGGCUCUCACUCACCCAUUAUCUGUUAAAGAAUAUGAGAAGCUGAAGAAGAAGCAGAUGAAGCCUGAUUUUUUGGACAUGGUUCCUUGGUACUCGGGAACAUCUGCUGAUUUAUUCAAAACAGUUUUUGACCUGCUGGUAUCAGUAACUGUGUUUGUUGGGCGUUUUGAUAUGCGUAUGAUGCAGGCAGCAAUGACUAGGGUUAGUGAUCGAAAUCAACAAGGUGACCUUCUAUAUGAUCAUUUUACUGAGAAAGAUGAUUUUUGGUUUGACUUUAUGGCUGAUACUGGUGAUGGUGGAAACUCAUCUUAUGCUGUUGCACGGCUACUUGCUAAGCCUUUCAUUCGGACACUGAAAGAUGAUUCUGAGCUUACUUUACCACGUGGGGACUUGCUGCUUAUUGGGGGUGAUCUUGCGUAUCCAAAUCCAUCAGCAUUCACAUAUGAAAGGCGUCUUUUUGUUCCUUUUGAGUACGCUCUUCAACCUCCUCCUUGGUAUAAAGCAGAGCAGAUAGCUGUGAACAAGCCUGAGGUACCUUUUGGGGCUCCAAUUAAACAGUACAAUGGACCUCAGUGUUUUAUUAUUCCUGGAAACCAUGACUGGUUUGAUGGACUCCAGACCUUUAUGAGGUAUAUAUGUCAUAGAAGUUGGUUAGGUGGAUGGCUCAUGCCUCAGAAGAAGAGUUAUUUUGCCUUACAACUCCCUAAACGAUGGUGGGUUUUUGGGCUUGAUCUUGCCCUUCAUGGAGAUAUUGAUGUGUACCAAUUCAAGUUCUUUUCAGAACUGGUAAAAGAAAAGGUUCAAGAGGAUGACUCUGUGAUCAUUAUGACACAUGAACCUAAUUGGCUCACUGACUGGUAUUGGAAUGAUGCCACUGGAAAGAAUGUGUCUCACCUGAUUUGUGAUUAUUUGAGAGGAAGAUGUAAGUUGCGUAUGGCUGGGGACUUGCAUCAUUACAUGCGUCAUUCUCAUGUAAAGUCAGAUGGGCCUGUUCAUGUUCAUCAUCUUCUUGUUAAUGGUUGUGGUGGAGCAUUUCUACAUCCUACCCAUGUUUUCAGUAAAUUUAAAAAACUUAAUGGAGUUUCCUAUGAAUGCAAGGCUUCAUAUCCUUCAUUUGAAGAUUCAAGCAGGAUUGCAUUGGGAAAUAUCCUGAAAUUUCGUAAGAAGAACUGGCAAUUUGAUUUUAUUGGUGGCAUUAUAUAUUUUGUGCUUGUCUUCUCAAUGUUUCCACAAUGUGAGCUGAAUCACAUCCUCCAAGAUGAUACAUUUUCUGGUCACGUAAAGAGUUUCCUUGGUACAGUGUGGAAUGGAUUUAUAUAUAUUCUGCAGCACUCGUGUGUGUCACUAGUGGGAGCUAUACUAUUACUAAUUGCAGCAUAUUCUUUUGUUCCACCAAAAUUGUCACGGAAGAAACGAGCAAUAAUUGGAGUUCUUCAUGUUUCUGCUCACCUUGCUGCAGCUCUGAUUCUUAUGUUGCUUCUUGAAGUAGGCAUUGAAACAUGCAUCCGACAUAAGUUGCUGGCAAAUUCAGGGUAUCACUCUUUGUAUCAGUGGUAUCGAUCAGUGGAAAGUGAGCACUUUCCUGAUCCAACUGGCCUCAGAGCUCGUAUUGAACAAUGGACAUUUGGACUUUAUCCAGCAUGCAUCAAAUAUUUAAUGUCAGCUUUUGAUGUGCCAGAGGUCAUGGCUGUCUCUCGGAGCAAUAUUUGCAAGAAUGGAUUAGAGUCUCUUUCACGAGGGGGUGCUAUAAUAUAUUAUGCUUCUGUCUUCCUUUAUUUUUGGGUCUUCUCGACCCCUGUUGUUUCCUUAGUGUUUGGGAGCUACUUGUACAUUUGCAUCAACUGGCUUCACUUACACUUUGACGAAGCCUUUUCAUCUCUCCGGAUAGCUAAUUACAAAUCAUUCACACGAUUUCACAUCAAUUCUGAUGGUGAUCUUGAAGUUUUUACUCUGGCAGUGGAUAAGGUUCCUAAGGAGUGGAAACUUGAUCCUGAGUGGGACGGAGAGACGAAACAUCCACAGCAAUUGAGUCAUUUGAGAAGCUUUCCCAGCAAAUGGAGGGCUGCCACUGCCCACCAGGAUCCAGUACAUACAGUCAAAAUUGUUGAUCAUUUUGUUAUUGGUCGGACAGAUAACAAUGAUGGUGCUACCACAGCCAACGGGACAGUUCAAUGAUUUGUUGAUUUAGUUAUUUGUAACAUUAUUUAGGCAGCAAUUUAAAGAAA